UUUCAAAGUGAAGACACUGGCAAGAACUUCACAGAUCAUUUAUAUGCUGCUUUGGAUCGAAAAGGAUUUAAAGUUUUUAAGGGUGACAAUAAAUUUGAAAGAGAAAUUCCCAUUUCAAAUAGAAUUGAAGACUCAAGAAUUUCAAUUGUUGUUUUCUCUAAAAGCUAUGCUUCUUCUAUUCGAUGUUUGGAUGAACUCGUUAAGAUUGUUGAAUGUAAAAUCACAAUGAGACAAAUAGUCAUUCCAAUAUUCUAUGGUGUGGAGCCCUAUGAACCAAGACAUCAAGAAGGAGUGUUUAAAGAAGCAUUUUCUGGGCAUGAAGAAAGCUUUGAGGAGAAUGUAGAGAAAGUGCAAAUGUGGAGGAAGAGUCUAAAGGAGGUGUCCGAUCUUUCUGGAUUUCACUUGAAGGAUGGGUAUGAAGCAGAAUUUAUUGAAGGUGUUGUGAAGGAAAUAUCAAGUAAAUUAACUAGUUCAACUUCAGUCUCAACUUCAACCUCAGCCUCAAACUUGAUCAAUCUCAAAAGAUUAGUGACUGCCUCUGCCACUGCAGUAAUUACAUGUUUAGAGAAUCUUGUAAUGCAGCAGGCCCACACCCACACAAUCAGAGUCGUGGGGCCAAUCACCCAAUACCUGACCCCUUUUUUUCUUUUUUUAAAUUUUUUUUGGAGUUAG